CGAUACGAUGCCCUUCUCACGAUAGGAAUACCUUUCUCGUUCCUAUAAAUUCGCCUGGUAAAGACAUGGCAGUGCCCGCUGCAGCCUGAUUUGCUUUCCUCUCAUCAGUCUGCUGUUGGACACGCCAGGGGACGAAAUCAUGUCAAAGGUUUCUCCAAACGCUGAACUUGGCUUGACCCCUCCAGAGCCUGAUACCAUUCGAGACGAUCAGACGCUAGACGAAAAACCAUGUCGGGAUGCUCCUGAUAAGUACGUCAAGUGUGCUAGCGAGGCCCCUGAUGGUGGGCUCAAAGCUUGGUCAGUUAUUGUGGCGUCGAUGCUGACCACGUUUUGCACCUUUGGGUAUGCCAAUACUUGGGGUAUAUUUCAAGAUUAUUACGAGCAGGUUCUUCUAUCCGACAAAAGUCCAUCUGUUAUAGCAUGGAUAGGAUCAGUUCAGAUCACAUUCAUCUUUCUGCCUGCACUUGCGACAGGAAGACUUUUUGACUUAGGAUACUUCAAGAUUCCCUAUGUCACCAGCAGUUGCGGACUUGUAGUGUGCACGUUCCUCACAGCAGAAUGCAAGCAGUAUUGGCAGUUUUUCCUCUUACAGGGCCUUUUCACGGGUUUGUUCAGCGGGAUCAUCCUCCCGCAAGCCCUUAGCGUCGUAUCUCAUUGGUUUUGCAAGAAGAAAGGGAUGGCCCUUGGCAUCGUAUCUGCUGGCUCGUCGCUCGGGGGCACACUGUUCCCCGUCGCAGGUCAAAACCUUAUACCUCUUAUAGGGUUCAAGUGGACUGUUCGCGUGUUCGGGUUUAUGAUGCUUGUCUCCCUUGGAAUUGCCGGUCUUGCUAUAGAUAGACGACUGCCCCCUGUGAACGUCAAAGGUGGACUUCUCAACCUGUCCGCAUUUCGAAACCCGGCAUAUACUAUCUAUUGCAUUGCUGGCGUCGCUUGUCCCCUCGGACUAUAUACCACAUUAACUUAUUUACCCGUCAGUGCUACGGCGGUGGGCGUGUCGAACAACUUUCCAUUCUACCUCACCGCAAUCGCGAACGCGGCAUCCGGGUUCGGCCGGUUGUCUGCCGGCUUCCUCGCCGACCGCAUUGGUCCACUCAAUGUCAUGAUACCAUUUACAAGUCUGGUUGGAAUUCUCACCUUCGUUUGGCCCUACGCUUCGAACCAAGGGCAGCUUAUUGCGAUAUCGGUGAUAUACGGCAUUGCCUGUGGGACUUAUGUCUCCCUCUUCGUUGCUCCCCCUAUGGCAAUGGGCGAUGUAGGAGACGUGGGCCGACGCGUAGGGAUGUUUUUGUCAAUUUCGUCACUUGGUACGUUGGCGGGUACGCCGAUAUCAGGCGCAAUCAACGCUCGGACAGGGGGUUUCCAAGGUCCAGGGUUCUACGCCGGUGGUGUUGUCUUACUUUCAGUCUUGCUGCUCUUUGUGGUACGACUUCUCCAACUUGGACGGUUAUACGGCAAGUGUUAGGGUCUUACCGGCGCCACAAGCUCCUGCGUCAUGCUCAUAGUGGACAACCGGAUAUACAUAAUAUGACGGUCAUAGAUGGCUAGAGAACGA